GAAGCCUUAAACCCCGUGGUCACUCCCCGUCCCAUUUCCCCCAUCCCCCAUCCCCGCUAGGGUUUUCCACCAUGGCGUCGGCGUCGCGCGCGCUCCUCCUCUCCAGGGCCUCGCCCCUCCACGCCGCCGCCUCCCGCUUCCUCCGCCCGGUCGCGGCCGCGGGGAGCCUCCUCCCGGCGGCGCUGGUCCCGUCCCCCGCCGCGGCGCCCUGGGCGGCGGCGAGGCGAUUCGCGACGCAGCCCGCGAACUCGUCGCUGCGGGACUCGUCCCCGAACUGGAGCAACCGCCCGCCCAAGGAGACGAUCCUCCUCGACGGCUGCGACUUCGAGCACUGGCUCGUCGUCAUGGAGCCGCCCCCAGGCGACGGCGCCAACCCCGACGUCACCCGCGACGAGAUCAUCGACGGGUACAUCAAGACCCUCGCCCAGGUCGUCGGAAGUGAAGACGAAGCAAGGAUGAAGAUCUACUCUGUGUCAACUAGGCAUUAUUUUGCUUUUGGUGCCCUAGUAUCUGAGGAACUCUCCUACAAACUCAAAGAGUUGCCUAAAGUCCGUUGGGUUCUUCCUGAUUCAUACCUGGACGUCAGAAAUAAGGACUAUGGAGGAGAACCAUUUAUAGAUGGACAAGCUGUUCCUUACGACCCCAAAUACCAUGAGGAGUGGGUGAGAAACAAUGCCCGUGCCAAUGAAAGAUCCCGGCGCAAUGACAGGCCUCGCAACUUUGACAGGUCGAGGAACUUUGAAAGGAGAAGGGAGAACACACAGGCCUACCAGAGUGGGCCUCCAAACCAAAUGCCACCCCAUGAUGCUGCUCCUCCAAGUCGUGGUGCACAGGGCCCGCCGCCGCCUUCAGGUGCUCCACCAAAUUACCAGCCCCAUGCACCAAACCCACAGGCAGGCUAUGCUGCAGGAGGUGGACCAAACUAUCCAAAUGCACCACCACCCCCUGGAUACCGAGGUGCCCCAGCCCCUGGCUACCAAGCUGGUAACCAAGGUUACCAGGGUAAUCCUGGUGGCAACAUGCACAAUGGACCAGGCCCAGCCUACCAUAGCAACAACCCUGGAUACCAGGGUGGAGCGCCAGGAGGCAACCCGCCGCCACCUUUCGCAGGUGGCAACCAGCCUCCUCCCUACCAUGGCGGUGGUCCUAGCUAUGGUGGUGGUGCACCAGACUACCAGGGCCAACCAGGUGGUAACCCAGGCUACCAAGGUGGCGGUAACUACAGCAACGCCGCCCCUCCUCCCUAUGAGGGCAGGGACGGGCCAGGGAGGAACUACCAGUAGAGAAGACUGGUAGAAGAGCGCUGUGUAGGAAGUUAGUAAGAGCUAUGCUCGAGUCGCCCUAUGUUGUUCUCGUGGACUUUUAUGCAUAUAUUCUCUAUCCAUAAUGGUGUUUUGAGAACUAGAACUACUGCAAGCUUAGGUAAGAAGUGCUUUGUUUUUUUCUCUUUGUCGAAAUAAAUACAAUGCUGACUAUCGUAUGGAACCAGAGCUUUGUUAUUUGUUGCCGUAUUGUAAUAGCAACAUGUUCUGUGUGUUCUAUUGAAUCACUUUUAUAUUC